AUGAAUUCCACCCAUUCUAUAUUCUACAUGCCGACAAUGAACAGCACAGAAGAUCUGAAUGAAAGCAUCAUCCUGAACAACAGUGCAGCCUUCUGUGAACAGGUCCCAAUUAAAUCCGAAGUGUUUCUGACUCUAGGAAUCAUCAGCCUCAUGGAAAACAUCCUGGUUAUCCUUGCUAUUCUUAAAAACAAAAACCUCCAUUCUCCAAUGUAUUUUUUCAUCUGUAGUUUAGCAGUGGCAGACAUGCUGGUAAGUGUAUCUAAUGCCUUGGAGACAAUUGUAAUGGCAUUUUUAAACAGUGGCUUCUUAGUGGCUACUGACCACUUUAUUCAGCAAAUGGACAAUGUUUUUGAUUCAAUGAUCUGUAUUUCCCUAGUGGCAUCAAUAUGUAAUCUACUGAUUAUUGCCAUUGACAGAUACAUCACUAUCUUCUAUGCUUUGCGCUACCACAGUAUUAUGACAGUAAAACGGGCUUUAAUUCUUAUGAUACUUAUCUGGAUUGCUUGUAUCUGCACUGGUAUUACCUUCAUCAUUUAUUCAGACAGCGAAACAGUCAUCAUUUGUCUUAUUGCCAUGUUCUUCACCAUGCUUUUCCUUAUGACUACCCUUUAUGUCCAUAUGUUUAUGCUCGCUCGUCUACAUAUUAAAAGAAUUGCCACAUUCCCAGUCAAUGGUAUUGUCCAACAGAGGACUUGCAUGAAAGGGGCCAUUACCAUCACCAUCUUGCUUGGGAUCUUCAUUAUCUGUUGGGCUCCCUUUUUCCUUCACCUUAUCCUCAUCAUAUCAUGCCCUACAAAUCCAUACUGCAUCUGUUACACAUCACAUUUUAACAUGUACCUGAUCCUCAUUAUGUGUAAUUCGGUCAUUGAUCCCGUGAUUUAUGCCUUUCGGAGUCAAGAGAUGCGCAAGACUUUCAAAGAGAUCUGCUACUGUGGAAAUCUCAACUUACGUUGUAAGUGGUAA